AAAAAAGAUGGAGAAAUUCAAAUAGAUUUCGAAAGAGGUUUCAGUUUUAGUGUGGUUCUUCCCUUCCCACCUUUCUUCUCUGCCUUAUAAAUUUGGUGGGGAGUGGCAGUUUCAUCAUCAUUUCAACUCUGCAUCUCACCAUUCACGUGUUCUUCCUCUCUACCUCUUUUUCUGUUCCCCUGUUUUUUGUUUUUCUCUUUGUUUCCGGAGAAACCCACAUCCAAUUUCCGCCAUUAGAGGGCAAUCUGUGUUCUUUCACUGAUUAGGAUCAAAAUGGAAGGAAAAAAGCAACUGGGUUCCUCUUCUUCUCUCACCAUUGACCUGUUUGGCUCCAAAGAAACUUCCUACUCCUCAACCACUGGAAUUUUCGGCUCUAUAUUUGCACCUUCUUCCAAGGUGUUAGGGGGAGAGUCUCUGCUCUCUCAGAUCAAAGAGGGAGAGAGGGAUUCUGUAAAUGAGCCAUGGAUCCCCAACACUGAAGCUAAAGAUGAUGCUGCUAAUCAUAGACAAAAGGAGAGUCAGGAGAUGAAGAAUAAAGAUCUGAGUUCCAUUUAUCAGGAACAAAGAGCACAACCAUGUCAUCUUAGCUCAUCAAUCUAUUAUGGUGGCCAAGAUGUUUAUUCUCAGUCUCAGAAUUCCCAUAAUUCCGGGGUGAACUCGGUGUUCAAGAAGGAUGGGGGAGAAGAUGAUUCUGGGAGUGCUUCAAGAGGAAAUUGGUGGCAAGGGUCUCUCUAUUAUUAGUACUAAAUCACCUGCCAAGGUUUAUAUACUUAUUAAGGUACAUAGUAUCAUAGAGCUGCAGUACUACUACUAAUACUACUUCACCUCUUAAUGUACGAAGCUAGACGAUAGUCAACAGCGAGAUCGUUGUGGGAAAAGCUGGUGGAUACAUUUUCCAGCCAACACAACCGAAUCUGUUUUAAGUUAAUUAAUACUUAUAAGCAUCUUUCUCAAUUUUACUGUAAAGAAUGCUUCCUUCUACUGCUUGCUGCUGCUGCUGUUUAAACCUUGGUGUCCUUAGCAUAAAGAAAAUAUUGGUUUGUGUUUGCUUUGCAUUAUGGUAUCUCAGUUCUCACAUUAGAACCUGAAUCAAAAUCGUGAUUAAUACAUGUUUCUGUUUGGUAGUCAUUAAAAUCUCCCAUUUUUCACCAUGCCACCUGCCAUGGUUUCCUUGGAAAGCCAAACAAGGCCCAAGUUUUGUGAAAAGUCAAUGCUGGAAGUGUCAUUUUCCCAUGUCCUUGUUCCUUAUCCGAGUUUAAGGAUAUGUUGACACGGUGGCAUUUGCCAAACCAGUCAUUUUCUGUGAAAGGCUUUAUGGUUUGGUUAUGUUCUUGCUUUUCCAUGGUCGUUAAGUUUGGCCGUUGAAAAAGAAAUAAAGUUUGAAAAGACAGUGGGAUGAGGACACAGAUUCUGCAGCCACAA